UGCCGUAUAAUAAGAACAGUAGUCGAGUUCGUAACAACUUCAGUUAUCCAACAUUUUCACUUAGCCAACAGGGGUCUGGUCCCAAGGGGGUUGGAUGAGUGACACGUGACUGUACUUGGUGACUCCUCAGUUAUGCACUUGGCCAUUGAUACCGUCUAAGGCUUCAUGCUAGCUAUGUCAAAGUUGGGUGGGCUUUGGAAAACGAUGUUUAUCUCAGAGUUAUGGAGUCACAGACUAGGCUGUUGUUUUAUUAGUGUAAUAUGCUGAGCAUUUUCAGUUUUAUACAGCCAUAGAUUUAUGCUUGCAAGUCUUCUUCACUACUCGGCCUCAAUACAUGAGGGUGUAAGAUUGAUUUAAUACAUGAGCCUCACGCCAAAUGUGAAGAGACUUGGUUGAUCUGAUCUUUACUGGUUUCACAUUGUAGUAUUUGUACACAUUGGUCUGGCUUGUAAUGUAAUAGAUGUUUUAGUUGUUUCUGUCAUAUCAAGUCAGCAUAGUAACGCAAUCUGUUGUGUCUAGUUGAAUUACCUCCAGUAGAAAAUGAGGAAAAGGUGUUAGCUGCCAAGAAUGAAUCGAUGUGCAAGCAGGAGUUACAAUCUCCAAGCAAGAAUGAAGAACAAGCUGGUAGCAUGGCAGUGAGAGGUAAUCAGAUUGAGAAGAGGAGGAAGAAAGAGAGUCACAAGAAGCGGUUGAGUCAUUCAGGCAGGGGAUUAGUCAAAUGUGAGGAGUUGUCGUGUAGUGUGUCUGUUCGUUCAAAACAAAUACCGUCAGGUGGUCACAAAUUGCAGUGGGUGUUCAAAUUAUAUGAUAUGGAAUCAUCUAGAAGCUUAGAUGAACGUGAAGUUCCUACAUUGAUGAAGAGUGUAUGUGACAUGCUAAGUGCACAAGUGGAGAGGUCACGAGUACCACCUGCACACAAGAGAUUUAAGGUGCGGCUAAAUAUCAUGCAGCAUCAGUCAAGACUAAAGCCAGUCAGGUCUUCUAACAGUCGAUUUGUAUUGAGGAAAAUGAGGAAGUCAGAAACUGUGACGUGUCACUCUCAUGGUGAUGAAUGUACAUCUUGUGCUACAUAUGCAGCUAGUGAUGAACAGAGUCUUUGUUUAACUGAGAGAAGAUUGCGUCAAGUUGAAAAUAAAGAGAGUGAAUUGCGAGAUGACGAUCUACGUAAGCAGAUCAGCGUGAGACAGCGCAGGCGAAUAGGACACGGCAACGGUUCUUCAUCGAAUCCUGAACUACGAUCUCGGUGUCAUCAGAAAUCAAGUAGAAGACGAAGUCUUAAUGGAGAUCAAUCAAGAGAUAAUUCACAGUCAGCUAGCAAGAAAACUGGCAACAAGCAUGACAGAAGACGGUCAUCUUUACCAUCUAAUUCAUUGCCUGGUGUAUCUACUGAUGAAGUGGUAGUCCAAACAACAAAGAAACAAUUUCCUCUAGCUUCACCUGUAAAGCUAAGACAUCAGGGACGUGGAGGGAGCAAGAGACAUUCGUGUCAUGCAGCUUUUAUUGCUGAAAAUAUAUGUCACAGGAAAAGUGAAGUGAUGUCGGAAAAGUUGUAUGAAAAGGUACAGACUGUGACGAAACAAGAAGUAGUACCGUCUUCUGAUAGUUCUGAGUCAGUUGUGCAUCAUCAUCACCAUCAUGAACAUCACCAUCACCACUAUCAUGUAUAUCAUCAACUUUAGGAAAGCCAUGUGGUAGAGCUAUUUACUUUAGUCAGGAAAUGUGUAUACGAGGUGAAAUUGUAUAUGAUUUAGUGGUAUAUAGUUCUUCAUUUAUACAAAAUAGUGACUGGAAAAUGAUGUGCUUGCAUUAGUUAGUUGCACAGUGUAGAAGGUGACUACUGCAGUGCUUUAGAGUUAGAAAAUAAUGAAUUGAAUUUGACACAUA